AUGCACGGCUACAGUUCAUCAGAAGAGUCGGACGACCCUCGUCGGCCUCGCGUGCCGCCCGCGACCACAGCCAAUUCCAACGACCAAAAGAAAAAGAAGAAGAAGAAGCUGCCGCCCCAAAAGUCUAUCAAUCGAAUCUGGAAGAAAUUCUCCAAGCGCAAGUUCCAAAGGGCCCUCGCCGUCCUCCCAUUCGAUCCCGUCCUCCCUCCCGCCACCUACCAAUCCAAUGAGCUGCUCUCGGCGGGAUACGAGCGCGCUGCGGAAGAAUGCCGACGAAAGGUCGAAAAAAUCAUUAAAGAAUGCAAGCGCGUAAAUAUGCGAUAUCGGGAUCCUGGUUGGGACUUGGAUUGGGAUCUCAAGUACGAGAAGGGCUAUUGUCUCAAUACUCUGGGCGUCCAAAAGUUUGAACUCAACAGAACGACUCUUCUCAGCUCCAAGGCUUCUGUCCCCAAGGCUGUCAAGCGAGUUCACGAAAUUUUCGAGAAGCCCACCUUCAUGAAGGAUGUGAAUGGUGGUGACGUCAAGCAAGGAAGUCUGGGUGACUGCUGGAUCAUGGCGGGUCUGACGGCCCUCUCCAAUGUUCCGGAUGGACUCAAGCGCAUCUGCGUCGCCUAUGACACUAAGAUUGGAAUCUACGGCUUCGUCUUUUACAGAGACGGAGAGUGGAUCUACUCAAUCAUUGACGACAAGCUCUAUCUCAAGUCGCCUUGCUGGGACUCUCCCAGCAUGCAGCGAGAUCUCCUGCAGCAGAUUGACCGCGAGGAUGUCGAGAACGUGUACCGAAAGACCUACCAGACUGGCUCCAAGGCUCUCUUCUUUGCCCAGUGCAAGGAUCAGAACGAGACUUGGGUCCCACUCGUAGAGAAGGCCUAUGCCAAGGCGCAUGGCGACUAUGCGUCCUUGUCUGGCGGCUGGAUCGGCGAGGGUCUGGAAGAUCUCUCGGGUGGCGUCACCACCGAACUCCUGACGUCUGACAUCCUCGACAUUGACGAAUUCUGGGACAAGGAGAUGUCCAGAGUCAAUGACGAGUUCCUCUUUGGCGCCUCGACCGGCCUGCUGGAGCACGGCUAUGGUGAGCGCAACGGCAUCUCGGAGGGACACGCCUACGUUGUCAUGGAGGCCCGGACGCUCAAGUCUGGUCAGCGCUUGGUGAAGCUCCGAAACCCUUGGGGCAAGGUCCGUAAGGGUAUCUGGGAAGGACCCUGGAGUGAUGGUUCUAAGGAGUGGACCACCGAGGUCCAAGAGGAGCUCGGCCACAAGUUUGGCAGCGACUCUGUCUUCUGGAUCUCGUACGAGGACCUCAUUCGCAAGUACUCUCACUUUGAUCGCACUCGACUUUUCCGGGAUCGCGAUUGGCGAUGCUGUCAGCGCUGGAUCGGAGUCGAUGUGCCAUGGAAGGCAGAGUACCAUGAGAAGUUCCAGAUCAAGUUAACCAAGGACUCGCCCCUUUGCCUGGUAUUGUCUCAGCUUGAUGGGCGAUACUUCAAGGGUCUUCACGGCCAGUACUCGUUCCGCCUGCAUUUCCGACUUCACUAUGAGGAUAGCCCCAAUGCCGAGGACUACAUCGUCCGCUCUCAUGGCAACUAUCUCAUGGAUAGGUCGGUGUCAGUGGAACUUCCAGACCUGCCUGCAGGAAACUACGUUGUGUAUCUCAAGGUGACAGGCGAGCGAGACUCGAAUGCCACCUCUGUCGAGGACGUCGUGAAGCGCGAGUGCCUCGACAGGGUUGAGAAUGAAAAGCUUGCCCAGGUUGGCUACGCCUACGAUCUGGCCCACAGCAAGGCAUGGGACCACAUGGACAAGGUCACCAAGCUUCGCCAGAAGAAGGAUCAAGAGAAGGCUUCUGGAUGUCGACAAAAGGAGCGUCGCCGCAUGUGGGAGAAGCGCCACGUGAACCGCGACGUUACCAAGAAGCAGUCAAGCAAGAACACCGACAAGAGAGCGCGCCGGCGUGCCGCAUGGGAGGCUGAGCAGUGCCGCCUUGACGAGGAAUUCAACGCCAAAGUCAAGGCCGAGAGGGAGGCGCUGAAGCAGGAGAGACUCGCCAAGGCUGAGGCCUUGAAGAAGGCCGAGGCUGAAAAGAAGGCUGAGGAGGCCGACGACGAGUCCUCGGAUGACAAGCCCAAGGAGUCUACUGAGGACAAGUCUGAAGCCAAGUCCGAGGACAAGCCCGAGGACAAGCCCGAGGACAAGCCUGAGGAGAAGUCCGAAGAGAAGUCCGAAGAGAAGUCUGACGACAAGGACGAGCCUGUGGUGAUUGACAAGGACGGCAAGGAUUCUUCCGAGCAGGACUCAAAGGAUUCUGACAAGAAGGAGACUCAGGUCCCUGACGAUGCUGUCAUGUCAGUCUCUACUGGAUCACCACAGUUCACUCCCAAGACGGUUGAUUCCACAACUGUGAUCGUCGAGGAGAAGCAGGAGGUUCCUCCUGUCAGUGGCCCCCCACCAGCUCCUAUUGAAGAGGAAGAGCCCCUGCCUGUCCGGCCUCGACCUGCCUAUGAUUCUGCAGGCGAGUCUUCAGACUCUCCCGUCGAGGACUGGGAGGCCCUCUACAGCAGCGAUGACAUGACCCGCAAGCCGCGACUCACGCAGUCGAACCAGGCGGUGCAUGUAGAUGACUACGACUCGGAGGAAGAGCGCAUGCCUGAUCCAUGGAAUGCCAUCUGCGUUGUUGGCAUCCGGGUCUACUCCAAGGACGAGGGUCUAGAGCUCCGCACCGUUAUGGAGGGCGGAGAGCUUCUUGAAGGAGGCAUGGGUGAGAAGGGAGCGGCAGAUCUUGACAACGCCCAGGCCAACGCCGGUGGCGUCCGAGCUGGUGAUGACAAGGACGCUCCCAAGGACAAGGCCGAGGAUGACAAGCUCUAUCCUCCGGUAGUCCGCAAGGAUGGUGGAGUGAUUGAAGAUGUCACGACCACGGGAGAGAGGAACUCUACCAUCAAGAGUUACUUUCACAUUGACUCGGCCGAUACAACUCGGAUGAACUCUCCGGCACCCACGCCGUAUGAGUUUGACCGCCGGCUGGAGCAUCGGCCAUGA